GCGGUAUAUUAGUGCUCCCCGUUUCGUCAUCCCCACACUUCAUCGCUCUACUUUCCCCUUGGGCCCUUGACCAUCCCCUCACCCGUCUCUCAUGGGCGCGGAAAUCCCAAUCCUCUCGCAAACCCAGCAAGCAGAGAAAAGUCUCUCCCUCCUCUCUUUCCCUCUUCCCCAUACGUACGAGCAUUUCCAAUUCCAUGGCCUUAUUCUCCCCAAUUCCCACCGCCCUCUCUACCUUAUCCUCGAAAUGUUCUCUCUCCACCAAACCCCACUUCACUCUUCCAACCCGGAGAAAUCUCUCCUUGUUUGUCACAAGAUCUUCUGCAGAUAAAGGAGAAGGGAUGGUGGGGUCUGCUGCUGUAGGGGAGAAGGUGGAGAAGAAGAAAGAAUCCCCUUCUCCUGAUUUGGAGGAGAAGAAGGAGGAGUCUCCUCUGGAUUCUAGUGGUGCUGCGGUGAAGGUGGAAAUACCCAAGUUCAAGGACCCGGGAUGGGUGGGAGGAACCUGGGAUUUGAAGCAGUUCGAGAAGGGUGGCAAGAUUGACUGGGAUGCUGUCAUAGAUGCUGAGGCCAGGAGGAGAAAAUGGCUUGAAGAUUAUCCUGAAGCAUCAAGCAAUGAGGAGCCCAUAAUCCUUGAUACUUCAAUUAUACCGUGGUGGGCAUGGAUCAAAAGGUUUCACCUUCCUGAAGCUGAAAGACUUAAUGGCCGUGCUGCAAUGAUCGGGUUUUUCAUGGCUUAUUUGGUUGACAGUUUAACAGGCUUAGGUCUUGUUGAUCAAAUGGGGAACUUCUUCUGUAAAACUCUAUUGUUUAUAGCAGUAGUUUGGGUGCUGCUAAUUAGGGACAAUGAAGAUAUUGAAAAACUGAGGAAGAUUCUUGACGAGACAACAUUCUAUGACAAGCAAUGGCAAGCAACUUGGCAGGACGAUGCUUCUAGUGAUUCAAAGAAGUAAACUAAAUUUUCCAGAAGUUUCUUCAUAUGUUGUGCAUUUUCACUUUGUAACUUGUGGCAGUUAGAGCCAAUGUCUUUGUGAUCCAACUUUUUUCAUUUUCCAAGACAGAUGCACUGUUAUGCUUGGAGUUCAGUUAGUGCUGUAAAUCUUCUUUCUUUCAAAUAACUACUUUCCCAAUGAAUUUUAGCAUCCAGAUCCUACUGCUUUUUCGUUA